AUGCCUCGAACGCGUAGGCUUCGAAGUAGUAACAUUUCUGAAGAUGUCAUAACAUCAAUUCAACUGGACUCUGACGAUGAACCUAUAUUAAAGUCACAAAAGGAAACAAGAACUAGAUCAUCCAUAAUAAAGAAUUCUCAGAAUAAUACAAAUAGUAAAUUGAAUACAAAUAAAAGAAUAACACGCCAAACUACUUUAAUGGAAUUUAUGAAGCCAGUUAAAAUUGAAGAAAGCAGUGAUACAUCAGAUUGUAGUUCAAUUGAUAAUUCAAAAGCAAAUAAAUCUAUGGGAAUGAAAUGUCCAAGACCAGAUUUAAAACCUAUAAAAGCUACAACUCGAAGAGAUAAUUCAAGGAAUAAUAUAAGCAAUAGAAGGGAAACACGACAAAGUGCAGCAAGUACGGCUAAAAAAAGGCAAAAAAUUGCGAGCUUAUCGAGUGGAGAAAGUGAUACGGAAUAUGAAUCAUUUAGUGAAAUAUCCAGUGAUGAAGAUAUAGUAUCGAGGGGAAGUGAAUAUCAUUCAUCAUACACAGAUGUAGAAGAAGAUGAAUCUGAAACUGAUGAAACUGAAUUAAAUCUUUCAGAUAGUGUUGAGGAUAAUAUUAAUUAUGUCUCUUCAGAUGAAACACAGCUUGUUGAUGAAACUAUCAAAGAGGAUGAUGAUACAGAUCCACCAUUAGAAAAUAUGGAAAUUGAAAUAAAUGAAGUUUUUGAGGUAGAAGAAGAUAAAAAUAUCAAAAAGAAAGGGAAAAGGAAAAGAGAAAUAAAAAGGAAGCCUCUCACAGAAGAAGAAAAAAAAGAGAAGGAGGAACGUUUAAAACGAAUUGAAGAAACUGUAAAUCGUGUGUUAAAUAAUCCAAAUAUAACACUUAGUGAAGAAUCUAUGAAACCUCGGCCACGUUAUAGUAAGGUUCAUCCUCUAGUAAAAUUAGUUAAUGUAAAUGAAACUGUUCAAAUGGUGAUUGAUGAAGUCGCUGAUAAAGAUUUUAAGGAAACUUCACAACCAGUUACAAAAAAAAUUAUUUUAGUGAAACAAGAUGAGCCUGGUCCUUUAUCACCUACUGUAAAAAGUAAGAAAAAAAAUAAAUCAUUAUGUAAGGAGUCGAAAAAAAAAGUUUUACCAGUUGUUGAAUCAACUUUAGUAGAGGCACCAUCUAAGUCAAUUAUUCUAUCAACUUCAGCUACACCAGAAAUUAAAUCAACAAAAAUUGUUGGUAGGAGAGGACGUCCUCCAGGUUCACCAAAUAAAAAGAGAAAAGCACCAGAAUUACAAAAAUUUUUGCAAACAGAUUAUUCUAAAGUACUAGAAAGACCGGGAAUUACCGAACCUAUAGUUGAUGAAUCAAAUCCAGAUAAAAACGAAAUAUCUACUGCUAUAAUUAAAUUUAGAAAAUUAAUGAAAUCAGGAACAAUUAAUAAACAGUCUAUAAAAGAUUUUAAAGAUUUGCAUGAAAGUUUAUGUCAUGUUGUUCGUGAGGUAAUACAUGAACAUGAUAGUUUACUUAGACUUGUUCCAAAUGAUAAAUGUCGAGCAAAUGAUAUACCAAAAAUUAAAAAACGUAUUUUAAAAGCAAUAGGUGAUAAAGUAUCUGAUAAAUUUAUUAGAAAAGCAUUAAAAGGAGAUGAUGAUUAUGUACUUGAUGAUGUUUGGAUACCAACAAAUAAUCCUGAUGAAAGAAAUAAAUAUCAUAAAAUGACUUCUGAAGGAGUUAUUUCUAAAUUUUAUGAGGAAAUAAAAGAAUUUAUAGAACCCCCAAAAACUUCAAAACUGGUAGAAGUGUUUAAAACUUUCAGAUUAAACGAUGAAAUGUCGCAAAAGAUAUGUGAGUUUGAUUAUCCAACAAAAAAAUAUGAACCACCGGUUAAUUCUGGUAAAAAAACACCAAGAAAAAGUAAAAAUAAUUUAACAGAAGGAUCUAAAGAUCCUAGUACUCCUGUUGUUAAUAAUGAUAAACCCUCAAAAAAAAUAUUAGAACCUGUUAGAAAAAGUACAAGAAGAAAAACGCGUGGAGAAACUCCUGAUAAAUCACUUGAGAAACGUGUUACAAGGUCCCAGAAUAAUGCUGUAAAAGUUCCAACAUAUAAUGAAAUUAAAAGAAAACGUAAAAAAAAUAUUAAAAAAGGUUUAUUACUUAAAAAUGGAUGUCGAAGAUAUCAAAGAUUUUUUAUUAAAAAAAGAUUUUUUAAUAAGAAAGUUGAAGUUUUUAAUCCAGAUUUAGCUAGUAAUUAUAGAGAAAAAUAUUUUGAAUGUGUCAUAGAAGUUGUACUUAACUAUUUUGCUACAAAUGAUAUUUUAGUAGAUUUUAGAAAUAGAAAAUUUUGGGAUUUUUUACUUUCAGAUAGUAGUCAACUUAAUAGUCUUUUCAAUAACAGAAUAGAGUAUGUUAGAAAUUUUUUAAAAAAUGAUUCUAAUGAAGAAGAACUUCAAAAAAAAACAGAUUUAUUAAAAUGUAUUGAACUUGCAAUUUCUGGUGCAACUAAAGAAAGAAAUAGAAGAAUAGGAAGUGAUGGUAUAUUAAGAAAUGGUCUUUUUAAAAGUGAUAUUAUAAUUGAAUAUCAAACUAUUUAUGAAGAUUUUGCUUCAAAAAUAGCAUUAAAAGAAUAUGGAUGGAAAUUUUUUCAUUUUCACAAACCAAAAUGUAGGAAAAUUGUUGAGAAUAAAGAAACUUUUUAUACAAGUGUACCAGAAAAAAUGUUAAUUAAUCGUUUGCUUAUGUCUAGAUGUUUAUCAAACUUAGAUAAAUGGAAUAAAUAUAUUGAAUAUUGUAAAAAUCGUAAUCUUCAUACUUUUUUUGAAGAAAGAACUGAUUUGUGGAAUAAAUCUGAAAAUAUUACUAGAUUUAGUGCAGAAGAAAUUCAAAAAAUGACUUUAGAAACACUUAAAGAACAAAUUGGGUUUUCAAGUAUAAAGGAAGAAGAUGAACAUCGUAAAUUAAAAGAUUUAAUAUGGGAGAGAGAUUAUUUGGCAACAAGUGAUCCUGUCACAAGAAAGUUAUUUAACUUAAAAAGAGAAUUGAAUGAGCUUAUGUAUGAAAGAAAUAAAAUAUUAGAUCAUGUUUUAAAUUCUUCAAUUGCUUUGAUUGUAAGGGAUGUUUUAGAUAAAAAAAUAGAAGAAAAAGAAGAACAAUUAAAAAUAAAAUUUGAUGCUACAAAAAUUGAAAAAGAGGAUGAUUUAGAUCAAAUACCAUUGAAUAAAGAGUUUAUGAUAAAACAUAGUAAUGAGAUUGAAGAUAUUAAUAAACUUGGAAAAAUUUCUAAUUUUUUAGGUACCGUUACUGAAGACAACCAAUGUAAUUAUGAUUUUUAUAAAACAAGGAAUGAUGGGGGGCCAUCAAGUGGAUUGAUGAAAAAAACACAAGUUAAAUAUAGUUUUUUGGCAAAAGAUAAUGAAAUAUUUUAUAAAAAAUAUCUAAAGAAAAAAAAUAGGUCUAAUGAAUCUUCUGUUGAUGAGAGUACAGAAUUUACAUCUGAUAAAAAUAAAAUUGCUAAAGAUUCUCAUAAUUCUUUAAAAAGGAAAAGAGAAUUUAAAGGAGUUAAAAAUGCCAUACAGUCUUAUGACUCUAAAAAAAAAUGUCCUACAGGAAUCUGGAAAAAAAUAGAAUCAUUAAAUAAAGAAAAAAAUACAUAUUUUUGGAGAACAUCUUUUGAAAUACCAAAUGUUGACAAUAGAUUAACCAGAAGAGGUCUAAAAAAUUUAGAAUAUUCAUUAAGUGCCCAAAACAAUGAAAGUAGUAUACAUCUUUCCCCCUUAUCAAUUCCUGAAAUAAAAAACAAAAUACCAGUAUCAGGAGAAAAUCAAAAAAAUAAUGAAACAUCCAGUAACAAACGAAAUUUAAAUCAAUUACAAAAAAUUAUAAAUGGUGAGGGGAAUCAAAAAUUAAAGAAUUCUGAUAGAGAAAAUAAAAUUGGAAUGUCAUCGAGAAAAAGAAAAUUUAUAACAUAG